CGCGAGUAGGAUCCCUAGCGUCGUUCACCGCAAUUGCUUGAAGACCAAAAGGCAGCUCCAGCCAACAUAUGGACCAGGCUAACAGACGACAGUACUGUGUAUACUGUAUGACGCGUUCGAAAUGAUGAAAUGAACGCCAAGCUCUUCCACUCCGCUCCGCCCCGCGAAUCCCGUCAUCUGGAAAAUCAUUUCACCGUCGCCGGAGCCGGGGGGGUGGGCCAGAUCCUCCUUCACCCAACAAGCCGCCCUGGAACUUCUCCCACCCGCAGCAUCCGAACCUCUGACUGCGAAUAAACAUCAAAAUGGCCGCAACUAACGGGGUGGAUGGCGCCGCAAGCAAUGGAGAUGCCUUACAGCCUCCCGCUGAUAUGGUCAUUCCCCCGCUCGGAGUCCGCGAGAAGAUUGCGAAGACCGCGGAUUUCAUCUUCCGCAAAGGUCCAGCUAUGGAACAAACCUUACGAGACCGCUCUGGCCACACAUCCACAUUCAGCUACCUUAACCAAAGCGACCCUUAUUACGCUUACUUUGCGUGGUACCUCCAACAGCUACGAGAAGGCAAAGCUCAAGAAGGCGGCCGCGCCGCCCUGGGGACUCGCAAGAAAGAGGCGGCAGGGCCACCUGAACCUCCCAAGUUUCGGUUUUCCGCUCGCAUGCCCAACAUCAGCGCCAAGGACCUCGAGGUACUCAAGCUGACGGCUCUCUACACUGCGAAGAAUGGGGAGAACUGGCUAAAGGAGCUCCGCAACAAGGAGUCCGGCAACUUCCAAUUCGAUUUCUUGCGACCAACCCACAGCUUCUUCCAGUUCUUCCGCGCCAUCGUUGAUCAGUACAAGAUCUUGCUUGAGGAACAGUCAACCGUUGAGGCUCGCAUAGAGGAGCUCCGACACAACGUCAGGGAUCGCUUCCACGUCCUGGACAGGGCAAAGCAACGCGCGGCAUACACGAAGUAUAUAUCUCAGCAGAAGGAGAAGGAGGAAAAGAAAAAGGAAGAAGAACAGAGAGAGUAUGCGUCUAUCGACUGGCACGACUUCGCUGUUAUCGCCACGGUCGAGUUCGACCAGGCGGAUGACGCCGCAGACCUACCACCGCCGACCACGUUGAACGACCUACAGUCAGCCUCUUUGGAGCAGAAGGCCCUCUUCUCCCUCGAUAGGCGGCUGGAGGAAGCUGCGCCUGAUGAGGAGGUUUACUACAACGUGUCUGAGCAGCGGGGCGCUGCGGGUCACACACCUGCGCCGGCCCCUGUCGCACCUCCAGUUCAACCCACUUAUCAGCCUUCGCCAAUGCCCGCACCGGUGCCUGCACCAGCGUCCAGCCGACCGGUUGAGCAGGUUGCAGACCAAGAGCAAGCGGAGCGUGAUAGGGCGCGGGCCCAGGCUGCGGCACGUCCGGUGCCAGGCAGUGUGCGCAUUCGCGAGGACUACGUUCCACGAGCCCGAGCGGCUAGAGCGGCGGCGUCAACGACAAUCUGUCCCAAUUGCCACCAGCAAAUUCCUCUCAACGAAUUCGAUGAGCACAUGCGCAUCGCUCAUUUGCUCGACCCACGUUGGAAGGAACAGAGGGAGAAGUCCGAGGCCCGGUAUGCAACAACCAGCAAUUUUGUCGACGUUGCUGGAAAUCUCAAACGGCUUGCCAGCCAGCGCGACGAUGUCUUCGAUGGUGUCACCGGAAUACCAAUCUCGGAGGAAGAGGAGGCUCGAAGAAAGAGGGCCGCCAUGUCCUAUGAUGGACAGCCGGAUCCUGCGAAGGACGCGAUACGCCUGCAGCAAAUGCAGAACAUGAACGUGCAAGAACAAUUACGCAGGAUCCACGAAAAGCAUGGCGCGAAGUGAGCCGGCAGGCGACAUGUAUGAAAGCCUCACGGGACAGCAUAAGAGUAAUGGUGUCUGCAUGAUUUGUGAUUUGGUUUCGCCGUAAUUGCAUGGACGGAGUUCUAUGGGGGAUCUUGUGUUCAGGACAUUUGGGUGUACACGGGACUGUCUUACCCUACUAUUUUACUAAAAGGCUUCUUGGAAAGCUGGAUUUCUGAUACCACGACAUGAAUAUGAUAAAUAACUCAAU